AUGAAUACAUCUAGUACAGAAAUCAUUAGCAAAAGCUAUUCUAGUCUUUCCGGCCAAAACAAGUAUGAAUUUAACAGAAUAGAUUAUUAUAGUAUAACUAAAAAUAAUAGCAGCGGCGAAGCCGAAGUAUUUAACGAUAAAGAUAUGAAUUCUAAAAACGCAUCUAGCCCCACUAUCGGAAAACUAAGUGCACAAGUCAUGAAUCUACCAUACAAUGAUUACAAAGUUAUUACAGACGAAGCAUUUGAAAGCCGUAAUAAGUUUUCCUUAAAAGAAUACGAUAUCUUAAAACGAAUAAAAGAAGCAUAUGACGCUUGUUCUUGCAAGAUUUGCAGAUGUCUUAUGGGGCCAACUAUAAUACCUCGUGCCGAAUAUUGUGAUUGCGAACCUUGCAAAUGUAAAGACUGCACACUGAAUAACCUAAGGUUCAAUACUAUUAACUUACAGCUACGUUCUAGAAAUGAGUUUAUCAACGUAAAAGAAACAAGUUGCGAUUGCAGGCCUUGUAACUGUAUGGAGUGUACUCAGAAUUGUAGUUUUAGAAGUAAACCUAUUAAUUAUGACAAACCUAUUGGAAUCAAUAAACAUUUGGGUCGUCCUAUAACCACAAAUGAAGCUUAUUCAAUAGGGAAAUGCGGGUGCAGUAAAUGCGAAUGCAUCAUAUGUGAAUCCCAAGGAAAUGCUUUGACUUGUUAUUCAUCGUUACGGUAUGGAAAUAAACCAUCUCGAAAGUUAACAUGUCCUGAAUUCAGUAAAUAUUCAACGUGGAAAAAUCAACAUACCUCAGAUUUAAUUGAUUAUGCUAAUCGUGAUAUGUUUCAUUUUGAACAAUGUGUACGAAACUCUGAACCUCAAAACGAUUUAAACAAAAUUAAUCCAGAUAACAAUCAUGGAGGUUCAAACAAACCCUCUGUAGAGAAACACCCUUUAACAUAUGAACGCAAUGAAUACGCACAUGAUAAAUUCAGACGUGGCAAUAUAUUUUACGUGAACAAUGUGAGAACAUACAAUCCAACUAAGAAAAUAUUACGGCCGAAACAACCUAUAAUAAAAGAAAAUAUAGUUGGCUUACCUCUUCCCAAGGAUAAUAACCAAAAUUCAAAGAACAAAAGUCAAGGGAAAUCUACUCAGUUUGAUAAGUAUACUGUAUUAACUGCAGGUUUCAAUACAAAUGCACUUGAACUAAAAACUUCUCUUUGCAAUGUCUCAGUUGAAUUAUAUCCUCAUUUAAAUAUACUUGGAGAUUUUUUACCAAUGAAUAAUGUACAGAAGACAAGUUCAUAUUCAAUUUCGUCGGGAUUCAGCUCUACACGGACAACCACAUCAUCGUCGGUAUUAAAAUAUCAAAACAAAGGAUGCAGCAAGCGCACUAUUUCCUUACCUGAUACAAAUAUUUUUAACAAUCAUACGGAAAUUGGCUCAAAUUUCAACACUACUGAAGAUCGAAAAUAUGUUAUAUCUGAUCAGCAUAACAUUUAUAAUUGCUCUAAUAUUGAAUCUGAGUUUAAUAAAAUCAGUGGUAUUGGUGUUAAGUUAGUACGUAAGCUACAUAAAUAUCCAAAUGAUAUCGGAAACAGAGUUGCUGGUAAUGUGUUAUUUGAUAAUUUAAACCAUUUUUUCACAAAAAGACGAUGUAACGUUGAGCAAACGAAUACAGACAAUUAUAAUAGUAUACAUAAAACAGUUCUGAAUGCUAAGAAAUUUACUAUUAAUUUGACUAAGAUUUUAAAUAAGUACGAAAAAGCUAAUUUGGAAUUCAAAAGCGUUUCUAAAAAACUGAAAACGUCUCUGUAUAUGGUUUUAAAUAAUUUGAGUAGUAGUAAAUGUGACUGUAUUAUAAAACAAGCAGCGGUUAUUGAAGAAAAUAACGGGGCAACAAACGCGAGCACAGAAAACGAUCCAGGCUCCGACUACUCAGAGCGUUUUGAAAUUGUUAACCAAAAGUUUAAAAAAUUUAAAGAAGAGAAUGAAUUAGUUGAAGUAGAAACUACAAAAAACGUUAACAUUGAUACACUUAAGAACCAUAAAAAACAUUCAGAACAAGAUGGACAAGUGUUAAAAAUAAUAACAAGAGUAACAAAUGAAUCACAAGAUAAUAUAGAAAAAGUAUGUGAUGAAAGAAGAAAUAUUGUAAUUAAGAGCGCUCUUGUAGAUAAAUCACAAAUGCACGGCAUUACGGAACCGGAACCGGAACCUGUGACUAGUGAGGUAGAAUUACUAAGAGCGAAGAAAAUACGUAAUAUUUUGAAACAAAAUAUGAUGCUGGAUCUUUAUACAGAAUAA